UUGUACCAAAAAAAAAAACAAUUUGCGAUAAAAAAAAUGUAAUUUAGAUAUUUUCAAUAAAUCAUUUAAAAAUGAGACAACUCUUUCACAAGACGUGAAGAAGACUAGAACAUAGACAGCCUGUCAGAUUAAAAUCUGAAUGAAGAAAUAAAAACAAAAACAAGAAGAAGAAGAAACAGAGCAAGAAGAAGGACACACAGCCAUGGAAGAAUCAGAACAAGUUCUUCCUCUACUAACAAAAGUCAAAGAUCUGACAAACCCAUCACCAGCCUCAUCAUCUUCAUCAUGCGAAACCAGAGAGGAAGCAGAAGUUCUCUGUUUACCAAUCUCCAGCAACGAGGAAGGAGAAGAAGAAGAGAACUCUCCAAUACGAGAAGUAGCACUCACCGUUCCGACAACAGAUGACCCUUCAUUACCUGUGCUAACAUUCCGCAUGUGGGUCUUAGGAACUCUUUCGUGUAUCCUCUUGUCCUUUCUCAAUCAGUUUUUCUGGUACAGAAGAGAGCCUCUCUCAAUCUCCGCCAUCUCUGCCCAAAUCGCCGUCGUGCCUCUUGGUCGUCUCAUGGCGGCAAAAAUCUCCGACAGAGUCUUCCUCCAAGGGUCAAAAUGUGAAUUCACGUUGAAUCCAGGUCCAUUUAAUGUGAAAGAGCAUGUGUUGAUCACUAUUUUCGCUAACGCCGGAGCUGGAUCUGUUUACGCCAUUCACGUCGUCACCGUUGUGAAGGCGUUUUAUAUGAAAAACAUAACCUUCUUUGUCUCUUUCAUUGUUAUCGUUACCACCCAAGUUUUAGGGUUUGGUUGGGCCGGAAUAUUCAGGAAAUACCUGGUUGAACCGGCGGAGAUGUGGUGGCCGGCGAAUCUUGUUCAAGUUUCACUCUUUAGAGCGUUGCAUGAGAAAGAAGAACGUACAAAAGGCGGACUGACACGUACACAGUUCUUUGUGAUAGCAUUUGUCUGCAGUUUCGCAUAUUAUGUGUUUCCGGGAUACUUAUUUCAGAUGUUGACGUCAUUGUCGUGGGUUUGCUGGUUCUUUCCAACAUCAGUCAUGGCCCAACAGAUCGGGUCGGGUCUCCACGGCCUAGGUGUUGGAGCCAUAGGACUCGACUGGUCAACCAUUUCCUCUUAUUUGGGUAGUCCACUUGCUAGUCCAUGGUUCGCGACAGCUAAUGUGGGUGUAGGAUUUGUGCUGGCGAUAUACGUCGUGGUACCGAUAUGCUAUUGGCUUGAUGUGUUUAAGGCCAAAACCUUCCCUUUAUAUUCGAGCUCUCUUUUCACAAGCGAAGGUUCCAAGUACAAUAUCACAUCCAUUAUAGACUCUAAAUUCCACCUUGACCUUCAAGCUUACGAGCGUGAAGGCCCUUUGUAUCUUAGUACUUUCUUCGCCAUUAGUUACGGUAUUGGCUUUGCCGCUCUAAGCGCUACCAUCGUGCACGUUGCUCUCUUCCAUGGAAGGGAGAUAUGGGAGCAAAGCAAACAGAGUUUUAAAGAAAAGAAAAUAGACAUACACACGAGGCUGAUGAGAAGGUACAAAGAAGUCCCGGAGUGGUGGUUUUGGUGUAUUCUCGCUAUGAAUAUUAGCGUCACAAUCUUUGCUUGUGAAUAUUACAUAGACCAACUUCAGUUACCAUGGUGGGGUGUUCUCUUGGCAUGUACAGUCGCCAUUAUCUUUACACUUCCUAUUGGUAUCCUCACCGCUAUCACCAACCAGGCUCCAGGAUUGAACGUUAUUACAGAAUAUAUCAUAGGAUAUAUCUAUCCAGGAUACCCAGUCGCAAAUAUGUGCUUUAAAGUAUAUGGAUACAUAAGCAUGAAGCAAGCCGUCUUAUUUCUUCAAGACUUCAAACUUGGUCACUACAUGAAGAUUCCACCUAGAAAUAUGUUCAUGGCACAGAUCGUUGGAACACUUUUAUCAUGUUUGGUGUACCUCGUAACGGCUUGGUGGCUAAUGGAGACCAUCCCCAACUUAUGUGAUUCAAUUUCUAACUCGGUUUGGACAUGUCCAAGCGAUAAAGUCUUCUACGAUGCAUCUGUGAUAUGGGGACUUAUAGGACCACGUAGAAUAUUUGGAGAUCUUGGUUUAUACAAAUCUGUUAACUGGUUCUUCCUCGUGGGAGCUAUUGCUCCAGUUCUUGUAUGGUUAGCCUCAAGGAUGUUCCCCAGACAGCAGUGGAUCAAGCUUAUAAACAUGCCAGUUCUUAUUAGUGCAAUCAGCUCGAUGCCACCCGCAACAGCUGUGAACUACACAACAUGGCUUCUUGCCGGAUUCUUAUCUGGAUUUGUUGUGUUUAGAUACAGACCACAUCUAUGGCAGAGGUAUAAUUAUGUUUUGUCAGGAGCAUUGGAUGCUGGAUUAGCAUUUAUGGGUGUUUUGCUUUAUAUGUGUUUGGGACUUGAGAAUGUGAGUUUGGAAUGGUGGGGAAAUGAGCUUGAUGGUUGCCCUUUGGCCUCGUGUCCAACCGCUGCUAAUAUCAUUGUUGAUGGCUGCCCACUUUAUACGUAAAAGCGUUUGCGGCUCAGUUCAGUUGGGAAAUGGCGGAGGCCGUUGCGAUGCUAAAGUUUGGCUGGUGCAUUUGGUGCAUACGUUUCCUUCUCUCAUUUACAUUGUGAGAGUAUUGUGUAUAAAUUGGAAAGUAUUCAACAGUUUGGUUUGAUUUUUAUUCUGUUAUUUGUUUUUGACCAUGUUGUAGGAGAAACUACAACUGUUAAAAGUUAUAAGUUAGAAUACCUAAAA